UAAUGGAACCACGGAUUAUCUUUUUUAUACCUCCAUGGUUGAAAGGAGCACUAGCUCGCCACACGUCAACAGCAGCUUGGCUGAGUGUCUGGAGACUCAGACAAUUCAUAGCUUAACAGAGAGUACAUUUGGAUUACUUUUGACAAUGAAGUUAAAAACAACCCAAAAAGAAAAAAAAAUUGAUUCCUUCCCUCAACUCAUAUCCGUGUGCUUAUGAUUUGAUUGGUAGUAUAGUAGGAUUGCGAUCGUAUGACUGAAGGAAGAGUGUCAGAACAUCAAGGGUAUGGUCGAUCGAUCCUAAUACUUGAAGUGACAAGUCACAAUGUACACAUGAGGUCACUAGCUCUGGUUCAGAGAAGCGCUGCACACGACAAACUAUAUUCCAAAUUGGAAAAAAAAGACAUGAAUCAAGAAACGAACAUCGUUCAGAAAAGGGAAGAACGAAUUCCGUCGCAAUUUGAGUCGUGCUUUAGACAGUUUGUUAAUGGCGACUUUAAGCGUCGAUAUAUUACCAAGUGUGAUUUCAACGAUGAACAGUUCAGAAAUGGUAGACCUUUCGAUAGCCCUGAACUGUGCCUACAGCGUCAUAACCACGAGGAUGAUCCCACCGAUCAUAAUUCAAUGAGUACGGUUAAUUCUCAUCAGACUCAAUGUCACCAGAUGACAAGAGUUAUUCAGGAAAGCAAUACUUUCAGCAUUGAUAAACCCACCCUUAUUUCCGGUUCUUCAUUUAAGGAAUUUAUUAAUAAUAAUCAUCAUGUUACUACACCUGACACCAAUGGAUCAACAUCUGAAGCAAUAAACUCGGAACGAUCGUUCUUUAGUGAAUUCGAAACAUUUUUAGAUUCUUUCAAAACCGGAUUCGAUGCAUCUUCUUUUGAAGACAAAUCACAUAAAGAGUUGCAAUCGUUGACACCAAAAGUUAUCAUGCCGUCAAAUGUAUUGCUUAAAGGACCUCCAAUGGUUGCUGAUUUGAGUGCGUGCGUCCAUGCACCGAAGACGAUGAGAAUUGGUAUGAAGGGAACAAUGGUAACGGAUGUGAUAAGUAAAGCCAAUGAGACCGCCUUGAAAGUAACCAAAAAGAUAAUGAAGACGCCGGCUUUUGGAAGUGACAAGGUGGUAGAUCUACCGGCCAAAAGUCAUCAGAAACAUCGUAAAUCAACAUGGGACGAUACCCAAGCGCCAGAUGGUGUGUUGAAAUCUAUUUUGAAACGAAGAUCCAAUUUCAACCAUAGAUGCGGGAAAAAGAGAGUCACGUUUGCUGAAGGUGUACUGGUUAGUAGGAAAGGUUUGUUGACAUCAGAAGAGCAUCCAAUAAAAUCAGAUGAUACCAUGAAAGAAACUUCGAGGAAAAGACCGAAAAUUGAACUUACAAGGGCACAGAGGUCAUUAUCGGCAAUAGUGAAGCGAUUGAAGAUGGAAAGAGCGAAUGGAAAAAACGUUCAAGACGUUCCUCGUGCCGCUCGUACAUCAGUUCUAAUGGGCAUGAAUCUGACAUCCAAAGAUGCGCGGCACAGGACGGUCAAAUCCAUUCCGGCGGUAGUGAUGAGUGAAAAGAAAAGUAAUACUUCAGUCGUAGGAAAUAAUGUUUAUGAAGAAAAGAAGGAUAUUAAGCGUGAUGAGAGUAGAUGUGAGUCACUGAAAGAAGAUCACACAGAGCACAUGACACAUCGCAUAAUGCAUGGUGAGGUCAAGACACGCGAAUACCUGGUGCAAAAUAACAGAAACGAUGAUGAAAUCGUGAAAUUAGUCAGCGAUGUACAUGACAUGAAAAGUGAUGUAUGUGAAAGUCAGAGCUAUGCACGUGAAAAGACGACACAUAGGCCUACUAUGAACAAUUGUACCAAGUGCAACAGAAAAUUCAAAGAUAUCUACAAUUUGCAACGUCAUGAACGAGCGCACUCGAUGGAGAAAUUACAUGCAUGCGAAUUCUGCAAAGAAAGGUUCUCUUUAAGCAGUGAAAGAAAUAAGCAUGAACGUACUCAUGGCAUUGAGAAGACACUUUGUUCAUGUCAAGAAUAAUAACAGAAAAGCAAUAUUAGUAAUCAUAAAAUCUAUAUCCAGAUUUAUCUGCAAAUUAUUUUAUUAUAGUCCUGAAAGCUUAGGCAUGAUAAUACGUCUGGUACUUUACGUUUUCAACCACUUUUUUUCGUAACCGCUUGAUUUUAUGAAGCAUUGUUAAAUAGUACUGUAGUUUAGGCCAAACGCUUAACUGUUUAUUUUUCUUGUUUAUCGCUUAUAACAAUGCUAUCGUUGUUGCCUAACAGAAACUGUUAAUUAUUUUUUAAAAGAAAAUACACUCUAUAGAAAAUUAAA